AUGGCUUCGUUACGAAGCUUUUUCUGCUAUUUCGUGGUUUUGGCCCUGUGCAUCAGCUCGGCAUGGGCUUUGAAAUCCUCCUCAUCAUCGAAUAACAAUGAUCCCUGUUAUUUUGAGGGUAAACCACGUAAAUGUUUGCCGAGUUUUGUAAAUGCGGCCUAUGGCAAUCCGGUGGUGGCCUCCUCCACCUGUGGAACUCAUCAGCCGGAACGUUAUUGUGAAUUGAAACGGGACGGAACACUGGAGGAAUGCAAAACUUGUGACAAUUCUCGGCCGGAUAUGCGAUUUCCACCCUCAUCGCUAACGGAUUUAAAUAAUCCCAAUAAUGUAACCUGCUGGAGAUCGGCAGUGGUGCCAGUGCCCUCAGAUCCCGAUUCAGCACCACCGGAUAAUGUCACUCUGACCUUGUCUUUGGGUAAAAAAUAUGAAUUGACCUAUGUUAGUCUGUCAUUCUGCCCCAAGUCGCCUAAACCCGAUUCAAUGGCCAUUUAUAAAAGUUCCGAUUAUGGUCAAACCUGGCAACCAUUUCAAUUCUACAGUUCACAGUGUCAGAAAUUUUAUGGACGCCCAGAUCGUGCCAAGAUAAGUAAAUUUAAUGAACAGGAAGCGAGGUGCAUGAAUUCCCAUCAUGAUGGCAAUACCAAUCGUUUUGCAUUCAAUACCCUGGAGGGUAGGCCCUCGGCCAAUGAUUUGGAUUCUUCGCUGGUUUUACAAGAUUGGGUUACGGCCACAGAUAUUCGAGUGGUCUUCCAUCGUUUGGAGUUACCCAAAGAACUAUUGAAUGCCCAUUUGAAAUCCGAUCUGAAAGCCGAUGCCAACAGCUUCAGUGAUGAAAUGUCCACCAGCCAAGAGGACGAUGAUGAUGAUGAGGAAGAUGAUGAUUCGGGAGAUACCGAAGAUGAAUAUGAUGAUUAUAAUAUCCAUGAAAAUGAUAGUGUCAACUAUGAAGAUUUAGAGGAUUAUGCUGCGGAGCCCAAGAAACAUUUGGAAUUGGAUGAUGACUUGGAUAUGGAAUAUGCCAAUGAUGGUGGUAUAAAUAUUACACCGCUGAAAACAAAACGUAUAUCCCAAAAACAAAAAUCCCUGGCCUAUGAAAAACACUAUAAGGCCAAGGCAGCCAAUUUGGCCAUGGCUAGUACCACAAGUUCAUCAAUUUCUUCCGGCAGCAGUUCAACAACCACAAAUAAACCCCAAAUUGUGGCUGCCUCCAAAUAUCAACAAAAACCUAGCAGUGAUAAAUCUUCGUCCUCCUCCUCGGCCGCUGCCAUUGCCUCGGCAUCGAUACGUGAUUUGUUGGCCAAUUCACAGCAUUAUGCCGUAUCCGAUUUUGCCGUUGGUGGACGUUGCAAAUGUAAUGGUCAUGCCUCGGAAUGUGUGGCCGUUGUUAGUUCUAAUGAAGCUAAUCUCUUCAGUCAUGAUGAUGACAAUGGUGGUGGUGCUGGUGUUGGUGGUUCCGAAUCUUUAGACGAUGAUGGCAAUAUAAUACGUACAUCGUCCAGCAGCAACUCAAAUACCGGCCUUUCGAUAAAUGCCAAAUUGACAAUGACUUGUUCCUGCAAACACAAUACCGCCGGACCGGAAUGUGAAAGAUGCAAACCGUUUUAUUUUGAUCGACCAUGGGGACGUGCCACCGACACAGAUGCCAAUGAAUGUAAAAGUAAGUAA